AUGAAGCACAUGCUAUCAAUUUAUUUUCAUAUUACUGGUUCAUUAUUAAAUUAAUUUAAACUAAUAAAAAAUACAUUAGAACAUUAUUUUUUCAUAGCAUCAUAUCCUGGUUUCAUUCAAGGUUAUCUAAAUUGACUUCAACUCUAUGUGUAUUCCAAUAAAAGUAGAGAUUGAAAACCUCAGAAAUUAGGAAAUAUUUUCACAUAAGAUUUAUCAAUAAAUAUCAAGGAUUUUGAAUAUAUAAGAUGUAUAAAAUAUACACCCUUUUACUAUAACAUCCAACUUUGAAUGUAGGAUACUAUGUUGAAUAUUCAAUGAGAAAUGAGUGAGGUUUCGAGCAUGUGGGUGAAAAUUGAAAAAGUUUUAAAUCAAGGACUGCUUGUCAAGCUCUAGAGCAGCCUUUCCAAGCAUACUAUUAGCCAAUGUGAUCUCUAUUGAUAGUCAACUCUAUUAUGUGAAGCGGACUGGUGUAUCCAAGGCUACAACAUAAUUCUCCUCUUCAAAACUCCCAAUGAAUCCCAAGUUAACAUUAGUCUCCAAAAGCCUCCUAUGAAAAUAAAUUUCUUAUUCUUUUGUGAUAAAUAUAAUCUUAAAGUCUUAUUUAACUCAAGUUGGAGUUAUCCCCAUAGGUUAUAGCUCUUAUAAUUAUGAAUUUUGAAGGGAAUUCCUAUGUAAAUCCUCAUAGGACCUUAGCUUGUUAGUCAACAAUUAUGGUCAAACAAUAAUUAGUGGAAUCCAAAAAUAGAUUUCACUCUUAGAGAGGGACAUAGGCAAUGAACUGAACCCAUCAAAAGAGUAUAGCGUAUUUUAGGUGAAAUACGAAUCUUAUAUACCCAUUAUCCUAAGAGAUGAUCAAUCUUCAACAACAUCUUAUAUAAGAAGAAAGAAGAAAAACGUAGGUCAAUUCAACCCCUCAUUUUUUAUCUUAUUAGGACCAAAAAUUUUAUUGAAAUUACCUUCAUGAUAAGUCCAAAUUUAAGGGUUUUUGUGUCGCUGUUUUAAUUCAGACUUAACCAACAAUAAAUUUUCCAUUUAGUUACUCUAUAUCAGACACAAGGCAAAUAAGGGGUUGAUCCACAAGGAGGCAGGAGUUCAAUUUCAGAUCUUUUAGUGUUAAAAAUGGUAGAAAUAGAUUUAGAAGUUAGGAAUUCACUCUUUGGAAGUAUUUCAGGAUUUUAGAGAGCUUAAUACAAUUUUCUGGAAUUACCCUGUGCAGAAAAUACAGCUAAUGAUUAGAAUUUUAUUUUUUUAGUAUUUGUUUCUAAUUUUAAUUGAUUUUUUUAUUAUUUUUUUAAUACAAAAGAACAACAAUAAAUAAUACUAAAAUAACUUACCUUGGCGGUUGACAGUCGGGGUCAGAGGAGGGGCUGCGCGGGUUGCAGAUCUCCCGUGACCGUUUCCAGACUUAACCGAAAUUUAGGACUUUCGGUUACGUCCGGAAGGACAGAGAGAGAGAGAGCGACCGGUUGCGAGCGCACGGCGGCUGGCGAUAGGCGGCGCAACGGUCGGCGGACGUGCAGCGGCUGGCGAUGGACACGGGGCGGUGCUCAGCGGACACGCGGCUGCUGGCGAUAGGCGGCAGCGGUGGUCGGUGGACGAGAGAGAUGAGGAGCUACGGGCAUGCAGCGACCGGUAGCAAGCGCACGGUGGCUGGCUAUAGGCGGCGGCAGAUGGAGCGACGGGAAGACAACGGAAAGAGACGGAGGCUGCGGGAGAAGGAGGCUGCGAGAGAAGACGGAGAGAGAAGGAACGAUGGGCGAAAAUAGAGAGAAACGUGGAGCAGCUGGAGGGGGCGGAACGGAAGACAGAGCGAUGGGAAACAACAGAAAAAAUGAGGGUUCAGAGGUAUAACGAGAAGAUUGGUGCUGAUGUUCGUCCUUUGAGUCCUCAAGACUUCUUCCUCCUCUUGGAUCCUUAUAUUCCGCCAGGAUCAGGCGUUUUUCACUGCAAGAAAGGGAAGAGCAAGAGUGAACGCUUCAAAACGACUUACAUCUAUCAGGGUGGAUACCCCAGAUCCUGGAGAAUGCCUUGUCCUGCUGGCUAGUCACUGCUAGAGCACGUCCAGAAUAGGGCGGGAAAGAGAGAGGAAGAGAGUAUUUAUUCAAGGGCACGUAUGACUAAAAUGCCCCUUCAUAAUUUCUUAAUCUCUCUCCAUGAAUUUCCACAUCGUUUCCUCCAUGGAUUUAGGCCGGUCUAAAUGGGCCUGGACAUGGCCCCAGAACCUCCUUUGACUUCUCUUUGAAGCUCCGAAUCUGAAAUUCCUCCAAAGUACUCUUAACCUAUUAAGCUAACUUUCAUCCACUAAAGUGCUCUUAACUUAUUAUUGAUUUCUGUUAAAUUCUACACGCAUGAAAACUUGAAAAUAUUUAUUAGUAAUAAAACUGCUUUACUUCAGAGAAGUCAAGUAGGGUUAGUCAAAAUCGUGCAAAAUUCAUGCAUAGUGUGCAAAUAGUGAAAUUAAUAUAAAUCCAAAAAUAUUUAAAUCAGUUUGUUAAUAACAUGAUAUUUUUAGGAUUUAAAUAAAGAAAAAUAACAUGAAAUGUAAGAAAUAAUCAACACAAAUAUCAUGUUAUCACUUUUUGACGUGACUUAAUCAUUUUAUAGUAAAUCACGUAAAUUUAAAAUUUAUAAAACUAGAAAAUACUAAUUUUUGAAUAUUUAGAAGUAUCUUUGAAUAAAUAUAUCAAUUAUAAUUUAAUAAAACUUUCAAAAAUAGUGAUACUUUUCUAAAUCGAUCACAAGGAUAUAGUAUAAUAUUAGGUAAUUUUUCAGAAUUUACCUCAAAGAAUACGAGUUUUUAUGAAUUUUAUACUAAGAAAUAAAAAUAAAAUAUAUUUAAAAUUCAUGAAAAAGGAAAAUAAGGUGCGGAUGUUAGAAUGACAUAGUGCUUGACAAAGGUGAAUUAUGUGGAAAUAAAGUUCCGACUGACGAUCCUUACAUAAAUGAUUAUAAAUGAUUUAAUUGAUCAAAUUAAGGUUUAUAAAAGUCAAAAAAAUCAUAAUUGAAUGAAGUAUAGCUUAGUAAAUUUAAAUCACAUAAAUUAUCACUAAAUAAAGUAGAAACUAAGUUGAAAGUAAGAAAACAGAGUUCCGACAUUGUGAUGUUGAUAUGUCAAUGAUGAACUAGAAUCUUGAGCAUUCGAAAGAAUUCUCGUGUAGUAUCUAUAACCUCGAAGACUCUUCUUAAAUAAGGAUGAUGUGAACAAUCUCUAAAUCUCUUUGUAAAGUUUAGAGAUUAAUAAAAGGGGUCGUCGAAUCAUCUCCAAUGGUUGUACUUGGCAGAGUGAAAAAAUAACAACUUUGCAGUUCUCCAACGACUGUCACCUGACAAAGAAAAACUAGAUGGAGGUGGAGCGCAUAUUAG